AUGAAUAGAGAUAAAUCUUAUAGUUCAAAAUCAUUUUUUAGCAUUAGGGAAAAAGGAAAAUCAUAAAAUGCAAUCUAAUUAGGAUAUUCUUCAACGAACAGAAAAAUUUAGCUUGAUGGAGGAGAAGCAAUAUUAAUAUCAGGAGUAAAACCUGAAUAAUUGUCAAAUUAAAUUAAUACUCGAAGAUAUAAUGUUAAAAAUUUUUUUCCUUUAACGCUCUUUUAAUUUUUUUAACGCAAGUUCCUUUUAAUACACAUGAUUAUAAUGAUUAUAAGUAUUGGAGUAGAUGACGGUAAUAAUUUUACAAUAGAUAGGUUGUAGUUAUUCGCAGUUUACAUAGUACCAAUUUUGAUAUCUUAUACAACAUACAUUCUGCUAUUGCUUAGAGUGGAGUAGAAUAAAAGCACAUUUGAUAAAACAACUAAUGAACGCUAAAGUUUAGUAUUUAAUAAGCAUAGAAACAAAUUAUUUGAAGCUCACCAGAAUGUUGUAGAGCAGUAAAUAAAUUUAUCUGAUUUGAAAAAAUGGAAAGACAUAGAAGUUGGAGAUAUCAUCAUUAUUUAUAAGGACGAACAUUGCCCAUGCGAAGUACUCUUGCUUGAUUUUUAAGGAGAGCAUUGCAUUCUCGAUAUGCACCAAAUAAAUGGGAAUACAAUUUACAAAAAAAUUAAACCAUUAAAAGUGACAAGAUCUUAAUAAUAAACAAAAAACAAAGGAAGUUAAAUAGAUUUUAGGAAAAUGUUUAAGGGUUAAAUAGAAUAUAGCAAAAACGAACAUAAUGAAAUUAAAGGAUACAUCAAACUAAAGUAAGAUCCUUAAGUUGAGUAAUUUUCAGAAGAAAACAUUAUUCCUAGGGCAGCUAUUAUUAAAUAAGAAUGGGUAUUUGGAAUUGCUCUAUACACAGGAUUGGAGUGUAGACUAUUCAAACAUUAAAAUAACAGCUUCACUAAAGAAAAUGAUUCUUUCUUUCUUAAUAAAAUCCAAUUCUUCUGUCUAUUUAACUAUUUACUUUUUGUUCCAAUAUUAGUUCAAAGGUUAAUUUUAUAAUCGAGUAGUUCAUGCUAUAAUAAUUUAGAUAACGAUGCAAAAUUUUAUUUUACAAACUUUAAUAUGAAGUAGCUAUUUAUAACAGUUACAGAUACAUUACCACUGUUUCCUAUAGUUGUUUAUAUAAUAAUUGACUUCAUAACAUUAAUUGAGAUUUGCCUUCAAAAUUAGGAAAUUGUUAUUCAGGAUAAUAAAAAAUUUUUGAGAUUGAAAUCACUAGCUGAAGUUAAAAACUCAAGAAAACCUAUACAAAGUUUUGAAAAUAGCGCUGCCUAAUAAAAUAUAUAACCAAUUCAUUCAUAAUAAUAACUUAAUAAGUUGUAGUUUUAAUAGUCAAAUCAAUAAAGCUACACAGUUGUAUAAAAUUCAAGAGACAAAAGUGUUAGCAUAGUUAAUCAUUUAAGUAACCACAAAAAGACUAAUAAAUGCUUCAAUUAUUUUAAGAGAAAAUAUUUCAAGAUGCUUGAGUUUUUAUAAUAAUUGAAAAUCCAAUUCUAAGUUAUGUAUAGCCAAAAAUUUUUUUAUCCUUAAUUUAGAAUAAGAGAAGCUAUUCCUAUUGCAGAUUUAUCAGUUACAACUCAUGUUAUUAUUGGAAAAACGAAUGUCAUCAGCUAUCCUUAUUCUUCUGAUGUGUGCAAAAUACUAUACGGAGAUAACCAGUAUAAGUUAAUUCCUGAAAAGGUAUCAUAAAAAUAUGAGGAUUUUAUGAAGAAAUACCAAGAAUUACAAUAGAAAAUAAAAAAUAAUAAAUCAAAUAAACACAGUACUUUAAAUUUCAAGAAAAAAAGAGCUUCUUAAAGAGAAAAGACUGAAAUGGCUAAAACUCUUGAUUACGAUAAGCUAGGAUUUUCAGACAACAAAGCAAUGAGUGAAGAUAAAAUUAAUUUAUUCAACACCUUAGGCUAAUCUGCAAUUGAUGAUCUGUUUGAUAGAGGGAAUAAAUUAAAUGAUAGCACUGGCAGGGUUAAACGAAAGAGAGAAAGCAGUGCUGAAAAAAAUAUAUAUCACUCAGACAGCAAGUAAGCAUUUUAAAGAUCUUAUAGUAUGAAUAAUUUACAAGAGAGCCCAGAAUUUAGAUCUAGUAUUCGUUCUAAUAAUUAAUUAAAUCAUAUGGUUAGUGCUAAUAAUAAUAACUUGAAAAAAGGUUUUGAGAGUAUUAUUCUAGAAGAGAGUAAUCAUUCAAUCAAAACAAAGUAAGGAAAUGGUGGAAACAGUAAUAAAAAUGGUAACUUUUAUGACAUGAAUAACACCGUUUCUGACAAAAUCCAUUCUCUAGCUAGCAAUUUAAUAAAGGAUUCUGACCCUCAUUUUGAAGGAAUUUUUUAAGUAGAAAAUAAAUAGGCAGGAUAAGAAGGGCUAUCUAAUGGUUAAAAAAGAGGAAGUCAAUUAUAAAACCAACCUAAUUCUCAUAUUAAUAACUUAACCAUCCUUGUUAAUAAAAUAGAUGGAGUUGGCAGUUAAAAUAAAAUUUUACAUUAGAAUUCAAACACUGAAACAAACAUAAAGGGAGAACUAUCAUCAACAAACAGAUCAAAAUCGAUUUAAAAAGAGAAAUCAAAUAUUUCUGAUUAUGAAGAUAUUGUAAACAUAAGCAAUAAUUAGAUAAAUUCAUUGACUAAUUACUAAAAAAAUAACCCAAAAUAAUUUACUUUUACUAAAGAUGAAAUUUAAAUUAAAAAUAGUAGAAGGUCAAGUAAAAAUAAUUAGCAAAAAACAAGCUUAGAAUUAGACGACUUAGAUAUACCUUGUGAAAAUGAAUUGUAAGAUAAAACAGAAGAAUUAAAUAAAGUAAAAGGCCAAAAUGAUAAAAGAUUGAACUUUUCUCCUACUUUUUUUGAAAAUAAAAAUGAUUUUAGGUAAAAUGUAGUAAGCAAUAAAAUAAUUUAUGAGCCAGAAACUUUGCGUCAUUUAAUAGAUGAGAAUUUUGAAGAUCCAGAAAUAAAGUAUCCUUACUUUUCAAAACCUCCAUCUUAAAACUCUAGGGUUUUUGGUUUGGGUGGUGGUGAUAAUUCUUAAGAUUCAGAUCAAAAUAAUAACUAAGUCAAUUUAGGAUAAAACCUUAAAAUUAAUGAAAUUAAUAAAAAUUUAAAUACAAAACCUUCCAAAAAUUAAGCUGCUGAUAUUAAUGGAUUAAAUGAAGCUUAUGAAAUAUCUGAAAUCCCUUCUGAAAAAGUAUCUUAAAGUGCAAAGAUAGUCUAUAAAAAAUAAAAAGAUACUAGAAAUAAUGAGUUUAGUCCUGAUUCUAUUGAAGGAAGUGGUUAAAUAAAUUCUGAAAUGAGCGAGAAAGCAAAAUUAAACAUCCUUAACUCUCAAAAUAGCUUGAAUAUCAAUUUUUCAGCUUAAAAAAAGUUUAUCAAUUCAAAUAGUUUUUAGCAGGACAAAGGCACUCCUUCACAAGAUGAAAGGGAACUGUUUUUUACAAAUUAAUCAACUUCAAACAAAAAAGAAAUUAUGAUUAAUUCUAAUCAGUCAAAUAAGCAAAGAUCAUAAAGUUAGUAAGCGAAUCCUCUUCCUUUCACAAUAGAAGAAAAAGAUGAAGAAUAUAAUAAAACACUUCUUUAAUAAACUCAGAACAAAGAUUAAUUUUCUAAUAGUUCUAACCCUUCUGAAAAACUUACAAACCAAAGCAAGAAAUUAUCAAUUGAGAUAAAUGCUUUAAAAGAAAUUUCAAGGCGCUUUUCUCUUGAAGAAAGUCUUUUAAGUAGGUCAUCCAAAAAUCCAUCUAAUCGCUUUGGAAACUACAAUAAAUAAUCCACUAUUUUUAAUUUACUUGCUUCUAAUCAUAAUAAUACAAUAUCUGGAAGCAUUUAAUUUUCUAUGGGAAACUAAGGUAACAUUUUUACAAGAAGAGAUAGUCAAUUCAAGCCUGGUGGUUUAAAUUCAGAAGAAACUCCAAGGGAUAAAAAAAAAUCCCUUAAAAUAGAUAUGUCUAAGAUCGAAGAUUAAAAUUAUGUAAAAUUCUUAAACAUAAUCAAUAAAGAAGAAAAUAGUGGUACUCAUCAAUAGUAAAAUAUUUCUGGAGAAUUAGAAGACUAAAGAGUGUUUUUAAAUAAUAAUAAUAAUAAUAACCACAAUAAUGGUAACUCAUUAGAAAGUCCUUAAUUAGGUAAAUUUAUGAAUCUUCCAUGGGAAAAAUAAGAUUCUGGUAAGAAACCAGGAAGUGCAAAAGAUUUUAAUGAUUUAAAUUCAAUGGAAUCACUGAGAGGUGGAAGCAGAAGUAGGCAAUACCAACUUUCAAUUCAUUCAAGAGAUUAAGAAAAUUAAAAAAUAGAGAGAAAACCUAUGAAAUAAUUUACUUUUUAAACAAGAUAAGUAGCUAGUUCAUCAAUUAGAUAAGAAAAGCCAUUUGAUUCUAUCAGUAAUACAAUAAAUGAAUCAAAUUUAUAAGAUAAUAGCUAAAAUUAGAAUCAUUAGUAGAUUUAUGAGUCGUAUAAUAAUAACAAUAACAACAAUAAUAAGAAAUAAGAUCAGCAAGCUUAACUAAAUUCAAGCGAUAAAUAUAAUUCUUCUAUCGGAGGUCUUCAUAAAAAAUCAUUUUAGAUUGAGUUAUACAGUAGCGAAAAUCACUUCGAUUUAAUUGAGAAUAAGAAUGAAGGAGAAGAAGAUGAAGAUAUUGAAGAAAAUGGAAAUAAUGAACUUGAAAUUGAAAGUGAAGAAGAAAUAAGUCCUCAAGAAAAAUUAAAUACGAAAAGCGAAUAAAAGAAAAUAAAUUAAAAAUAAAAGAAAUUUUUAAAGAAUAACAGUGAGUUAAAUUCCAAGAAUGAAUCAUUAAAUGAAAUUAAAAGUGACAUCAAUCACUUGCAUAAUGAAAACAACAAUAACAACGUUGAUGCAGAAAAUAUUUCAAUUGAAAAAAAUAAUUAAAUCACUCCUUAAAGAAAAAAAUCUUAUAAAAAUUUAAAUAAAUCUACUAUGCCUAAGUUGCAUAUAAAGAGAGAAAGCCUAGAAAUGGGUUAGCUCUCAUCUAGAUUAAAUCUUUCACCUAUUAAGACGUCUCAUAAUAAAUUUUUUGGUAAUAACAGAAACGGAAAACCAAAAUUAUUACCUCAAAAAUCUCUUCAAAUAGAUUCUAACAAAAGCUCUAGAUCUGCUUCAGUUAAUUUUGCAAAAAUGCAGGCAUUUUAAGAAUAGAGCAUACCUAAAGAUACAGAUAAAUUUUUGGAACAUUAUAUCAAAGAAAAUUCAACUUAUAGAAAAUAAAUUAGAACAUCAUUAAAAUGUCUUGUUUUAUGUCACCAAACAGUUACUAAGUUUGACAUUGAUAAAAAUUAAUUAAUUCAUACAUUUUACAAUGAAGAUGAAGAGAUGAUACUAAGGUUUUGUAAAAAUUUAGGAUACACUUUUAAGUGUUAAAAUCUAAGAUUAAAAGAGGAUAGAAUAUUUGCACAAGAAUAUAUCAUUUAGAUAUAGUCUCAAAAGAAAAAAUAUGAAGUAAUUGCAUUCCACAGAAGAAAAUUUAGAUUUAGUAUAUUAAUAAAACGAAAAAAUGGCGCGGACUUAAUAAUGAGAGAAGAGCUAAGAACUGUGCCGCUUUAUUUAGACUACUAAAGAGACUUGAUGGCAAAAAUAAUUCAUAAAAAUAUGCAAAAUGGAUUUAGAAGUGUCUUAAUAUCUAAAUACUCCUUAAGCAAAGACGAAACUGAUCGCUUUGUCAGUUAGCUAGAAAAUCUUCAAACUAAUAUUGUGAAAGAAAAAGAGGCUUUGGACAAACUAUUUGGUGUGUUUGAGGAAAAAGAAAGUGGAAUGCAGUUCGUCACACUCCUAGGAGUAAAAGAGAAGUUAAAGGAAAAUACUGAAUUAUUUUUGGAUUCUCUUUACAAUAAUAAAAUAAAAACUUGGAUGUUGACUGGAGAGCAGUAUACUAGAGCUCUUUCCUCUGCAUACUUAAGCAAAAUUAUAAAACCAGAAGACUUCAAAAAUCAAAAUAAUUUAAUAAAUAUUCACUUUGAGUCGAACGACUAUGAUGAUAUUAAAUUUAUAAUUAGAAGAAAUUUAGAGAAGGUUCAAACUUAAUUAUUGGGUGAGGACCAAGAAAAGAAUUCUGCCUUCCAUAGUAAAGAUAAUCACACUAAAUUCCAAAGAAAAAAGUCAAGAGUCAUCACUGUAGACUCUAAUUAGCUAGAAUAACAGCUCUAGUUUUAAAUAAUUAUUAAAGGUGAUGUUUUAAAAACUAUUUUAGACGAUGAAAUUUAUUUAAAGAACCACUUCCUUUUCUUAUGUCAUUUCUGUAAGGGUUUUGUUGCCUAUGAGAUCGAUUCUGACACAAAGCAGAUGCUUCUUAAUACACUUAAAUCAUAAGAAGCACCAUAAAGAUUCCUUGCUAUUACGAAUGAUCGAGGACUUUCAAAUACUGCUCACUUUUCUGUGGAAAUUGAAAAUCCAAAAACUUCUUGCCCAUAUGUUUCUGAUCUGACUGUAGACAGCUUUUAGGAUUUAUAUAAAUUAAUUUUUAUGCAUGGAAGGAGAUAGGCUGAUUUUAUAAAUAUGAUUUUAAAUCUUUAAAUUUAUAGAUAAAUGCUUUUUUACUUAAUUUACUUGAUUACAGAAGAUAAGUAUUGUUUGGAAGGUGAAAACACAAUGAAUUAAGUUGAAAUAUCAGUCUACAAUUACUUAUUGAACUUUUUUUCACUUUUUCCUUUGUUUAUUUAUUAUUUUAAUCCCUCUAAUCCCUAGAAUAGUAGAAACACCGAUCCUGAAAAUCUUAAGUACUACUCUAUGUAAUACUAAACAUCUAAGGAAUUUUGGUCGAAAUCAGAGAUUCCAACCUACAUGAAACUUUUAGUUACUUCUUUUAUAUAAAGUCUAUUUAUAUUCUUUGGUAUGGAUUAGAUAUUAGAAAGCAUUCAGAGUAAUGGUAAGCUAAUAGGAUUUGAAGAAACACGAAUGAUAAUCUUUAUUAUGCUUAUGUUAGUUGUCUAAUUUUAAACUGUUUAUUUUUCUGGAAGUAUUACAUGGCAAAAUAUUUCUUAUCAAUCUUCUAUGUUUAUCAUCUGCACUUGCAUUUAUUUAUCUUGGAAAAGCUAAGACAACAUAGAUUUUAUCAUUUUCGGAGAAUUAUUUGCUUUCCCAGCCUUUUUUAUUUCCUUUUUGGUAAUAAGCUUAAUAACAUGCUUUAGCUUUGAAAUAAUGAAUUCCCUAUUUAAAAUUCUUCCACAUUUCUUUGAAAAGAACUUAGAGAUAAUAGAAAAAGCUAUUUAGUAUUUUGAUGAUAAAUAUGCAGGAUUCAAAUUAAGCAAACUCUCUGACUCUAAAAGAGAAGGAGAUAGAGCUUAAACAAAUCACUUAACUUUGCUAGGAAUUAUCAAAUAAUAUUUUAAUGGACAAACAGAGGUUGAUGAAAUUGUUUAAUCUAUGAUGAAUACUGGAAUAGAUAAUAUUCAUACUGGCAUAAGUAAAAUAACCUAGAAGUUUGAAAAUCCAGAGUUCGAGUAAAAAUAUAUUAAGCGAGCAAUAAUUAGUUAGAUAAGUGUUAGCAAGUAUAUUAGCUUGAUAAUUUUCUUAACUUUCGAUAUUUUCUUGUUUGUAUAAAUCAUGACUGAACCUGGUUACACAAAUGGAGAAAAAGCAAUAUUGUUUGUAUUUAUCAGCAUGACUUUAGUUUUAACUUUAUCUAAAUGGAAAUAUGAAAAAUUCUUUAUAAUCCUAAAUUAUGCCUUAAUUUUGAUCAGGAUAGGUUAUUUAACAGCUGCAAUUUAAAUAAUAAAUGACUAUGAUAAUUUUCUUAUUAUGCUUGUUUUUAUGUACAUUUGCUAUUUUGUUUAGCUAGUGAGAAUGGAUAUUAUGAUUGCUGUUUACAUUUACUUUGCCGUUUAUGAUUCUAUCAACUUUGUGAUAGGUAUUUAAAACAGAUUUUCAUUUAUUAAUGAGUAUAUUGCUUAUUAUAUAAUCAAUGCGCUAACAAUAAUAUCAGCUUUUACUUAUAUCUUGAUGUCUUAGAAAUAUUAGUAUGGUAUGAUGGACAGAUACCAGUAUUUAUCUGCUAAUAAGCUUUAAUUGGAAAUGCAAAAAUUUAAUGAAGUUCUCUCAAUUUUACUACCGAAAUUCAUUAGAGAUUAAAUUCAGAGUGAUAAUUAGAAUGUUGUUAAGAUAGAAAAUUAAGUAGCUAUCAUUUUUUGUGAUAUUUAUAAUUUCGAUGAUAUAAUAGCUAAAAAGAAUGUAGAAGUCAUUAAAUUGUUAGAUAAUUUAUACAGGGCAUUUGAUAUUCUUUGCAAUUUAAAUGGAUUGCAAAAAAUAGAAACUGUUGGUAAGACCUAUAUGGCUUGUGGUGGCAUAGUUCAAAGUAAAUUGUAGUAGAGAGAAGGAUAGUAUAGUGAAGUAAAUGAAGUUAAAUGUGCCAUUAAUUUUGCCUUUGAAAUCUUAGAAUACUCAAGCACUCUCACUUUCGGUGAAGAUGGAGAAAAAAUAUAGUUAAAGAUUGGUAUUCAUUUUGGUAAUGUAAUUGCUGGAGUUAUUGGCUAUCACAAACCUUAAUUUUCUCUUAUUGGAGAUACUGUAAAUACUACUAGUAGAGUGUGUAGUACUUCUGAGCCAGGAACAGUAACCCUUUCAGAGCAAGCAUAUGAAAGAGUAAAAGAAAGUGAUUUAAAAGUUCAAUAAAUGGACAAGUUGGAAAAAGGUAAUGAAAAAUUCAGAAUAAAUGAUGCUAAAUAAAAAAGAGUUGAAGCUAAAGGAAAAGGUGAGCUAAUAACUUAUCAGGUUUAGAAAUAUAAAACUAAAAAAUUAGCUUCUUCACCUGAGGCUAUAAUGCCUUCUUCGAGAGAAAAAAUUUAAAAGCAAAAUGUCCCAUUAACUGCCUUAAAACUUGAAGAAUCUCCUUCAUCACAAUAAUUUCCAAAUAGCACAGACUAAGAUAUAGUUUUGGAUGAAAAUAAAGACACGUUUGAAAAGAACGCUGGUGCUCUUUUAUUGUUAUCUCCCUAAUAAUAAAUAAGACAAAGGUAAGCCUUAGCUCUAUAAUAGCAUCUACUAAAUUAAAAGGACCUUCCUGAAAUAGCUGAAUAAAAAGAGAGUGGGACUAAUAAUAUUUCUCCAAAAUUAAAAAGUAAUUUGUUUUAGCUAAUAUAGAGUGGUAACUAAACAAACAGCUCAAAUGCUUUAAGAUAAGAGCUUUUAAUUAAUCUGAAUUAAUAGAUUUUAGGGGAAAAUUAGUAAAACGAUGGUGGAGCAUUAGCAUAUUCAAGACAUAAUUCAAGUUACCUUAUUAAUGGUUAAAUUCAUAGGUAAUCAGCAGCAACACCAAGUAUACUUAACACUCCAGAAAAUUUAGUAAGAAGCAAUGCAUCAAAGCUAAGCAUUUCUUAAUAAAAUGCAGCUAUUUUAGGACAUACAAACAUAAGCUAAAAUAAUGCUAAUAUGAAUAUUCCAGUAUUUACUUAAACAAACAGUAUAUUAAAUUACUAAAACAACAGCAAUAUGCUCUCUCCUAAUAUUUUAGCUACAAGAGUUGAUAAAAGUGAUACCAAUGUUUAAGAUCUAACAAGUAACUUAGAAAUGAUAGAGCAAAAGGCUAAAUUGACAAUGGAUAACAGAAGUCACAAUUUUUCGAUUAGCCACUUCUAGGAAUUGAAAAGUGAAAAAAUUAACAACUUAGAUGCCUUAAAAUUAAAAUUAACAUAACCUAAUUUAAAUUCGUUAAAUGAAGAAUAAAAUUAUUAAGCUCCACAAAGUAACCUAAACUAAAACGGAGGAAACACAAGUAAGAGCUACGAAUAAUAAACACCUUCUAAAAAUGUGUAAUCUGUUGCAUAAAAGUUAAGACAUGCAGAAAACAAUUAACAAAAAAAGAAUUUGUCAAAAAAUAUUGCAAGCAUUCUUAUAAAUAUUAACAAUAAUGAGGUAGAAGAGCCUAAUCCUUCUAUGGACUCUAAAAAGCAGUCAAAAAUUUAGAGUAGUGCAGAGAGUAGAAAGAAUACUUCCAAUAAUACACUACCAAAGCAAGACGAUUUAUUGUAUCCAUUUUCAAAUAGUGGUAGUGUUAAUUUAAAUAUACCUGCCUUUGUACCUAACUCAAGCAGAAAUUCUAGCAGUGGUAUUGUGCCUCCAGUAAAUGCUAAUAAAGUUGACAACGGGUUACGCAAAAAAUCAAUUUUUAACCCUAAUAACUAAUUUAUUAAUAAUGCCAAUGGAGAAAUUUAGGUAGUUGGAAACCUUUCUAAACCUCCUUCGAAACAGAGAAUUGAGAAGGUAAAAUAAACACCAAAAGCAUUUAUGGGAUAUGAUAAAUCAAGACAUACUAUGUAUGCCAACCCUAAUAUUAAUAGUGUAAUUAACACUGUAAGUACUCCAUAAUCAAAAACAUCCUUGCAUAAACUUCAUUAAAUAAAAAAUUUGUAAGGAUUUACAGAUGUUGUUACAAAUCAAUUUCCAUUUGAUAGCAAUGCUGCUGUGGCAGGUGGAGCUAGUACAAAUAAAAUAUCAACAGGAAGUAUAAUUUAGAGAAUAAGUAAUGAAAAACAAUUUAAUUCUAAGAGUUACUCCGAAUUCGAUAAUAUAGAUUAAUCACCUAAGAGUAGCAAUAUCACGAAAUUGGCUAACUUUAACCCAACGACAACAGUGAAUUAAAAUGGCUAACAAAAUGUAAACUCUAAUACAAUCAACAUAGGUAAUAUCCAUACUCCUUUUCAAAGAUCUCCAAACAAAAGAAAUACUCGUACACCAGAGAAUACACAAUCACAUAUGGCUAACUAAAGUAGUCUUGAAAACAUACAAAAUUUUUUAAGUAAAGGUCAAGGAUAAAUUGAUUAAAGCAAUAGCAUUAUUCAUAAUGAACAAAAUUUAGAAAUCAGUCCUUAAACUUAACAAAAAAGAAAAUCAGUUUUCUAUAAUAAUAAUAUCAUUAAUACCAUGGCAAAUAACAAUUACAAUUGGAAUGCACAAAACACGAAUUCUUCCACUCUUAGUCCUCCUCUUGUAACAAAGAGUCAUAGAAUGAUAAACUAAAUUAACACACCUGUGAAUAGAAACGGUACUAUAAAUAGCGCAAACUUAAAAAGAAACUCAAAAAACUAUGGAAUUAUAUAAUAACCUGCUAUUAGUUCUAGUAUGCAAAAUCUACCUGAUCCAAGUGUGAUACAAAUAGUAAAAAAUAUAAAGGAAAUGGAAAAAAAGUAAGGGUUUUCUUAAAAUUAAGUAAGAAGAGGAUCGUCAGCUUAAAAUAUAGGUUUACCAGUCAGUUUACCUGCAAGUGACAAUAAAGUAAAGGCUGUAUUUAGUAACUAAAAUAGUAACCAUGAAAAAUAAUCAGCUUAAAGCAAAACGAGUAGCUUACAAAAAGAUUAAAAGGUUGCUACAAAUUAAAAUUUUCAAUAAUAGACUUUCGUUGCUACUAAUUAGGAUGAAAAAAGCAGUGAGGGCUUUUUCAAAUUCAUUCCACCUACUCCAAAAACAUUUUAAAAUCAAAUGGAAUCAAAUAUAUAAAAGACAAAUCCAGUUUUACAAAUAAAUUAAAUUAACUUUUAAUUCGAAUCAUCCCCUAAUGGGUAAUAAGAAAUCAAUUUAAAUAAUAACAAUAACAUAAAUAAUAAUAUUAACACUAACAACAAUUAUUUUAGAAAGGACUCCUCUUCCAAGAGCAAAUAAGUAAAUGAUUUAAAUAAUAUAAAUAUUUAUGAUAUUUAGUAUUAAAAUACACAAAAAUCGCCUGAAACUACUCCUAAGAAUAUAGGACGAUAAACUCCAUAAGGCAUAAUUAAUAGAUCUUCAUCAAAUACUAAUAAUUAGUCUUAAAGAAGCUCUAAUACACCAAAUGAAUCGAAUAAAAGAAAACUAAACUAAAACGAUUUAGCAAGUUAAGGUUAUCUUAAUUAAUAUUUAAAAAAUCCAAGUUAAAACGAUAAUUCUCUGAAUGCGACUCUCUUAAAAAGAAUGACUUUAGAAAAAAGGCUAACUGAGUUCGCUAUUCGCUCUAAGAGUAAUACAAAAUCUAGUAAAUAUACUCUCGAUAAUAAAAGUCCUCAGUUAGGUUAUUUACCAGUUUAAUAAGUAAAUUCGUAAGUCCAGUUAGACCACGAUAUUGAAUAAAUCAUGGAAGAAGAGGAAUAGUAAAUUAGAGAUGAUCAAAGCAUAAUGAGCUCAGAAAAGAAAUUAGUUUUUUUUGAUUACUAAGAAAUAAAUGAGAAAGUUGUUUCUGAAGGAAAGUAUAGCCUUGAGAACUAGGUAGACCCAAGUAAUUUAAGAUAAGUGUAUGAUGAGUAAGAUCUUGAAGAACUAUAAGAGAAAUAGUUUAAAAAGAAAGAUUAAAAUGAUUAAUAUAGAUUGACAUUUAAAGAUGUAUUACCAUACAAAGCAAAAGAUAAUGAAAAUGAAAUAGAGCUUUCUAAAGACUUCUUUGCACAGUAAAUCUAGAAAGCUUAAGACUCAAAUUAAAUCAAUUUGUGGGUAUGGUUAUGCAUCUAUAUUUUUAAGACCAUCUCUUAUUUGAUAGUAAGAGAUAAGCUGAUUAGUAUAUUUAUCUACGUAGUAGUUCUCAGAGCGAUUUACAUAGUAGGAUUUGCCUUUUUUGUUUACAAAGUAAAAAAUAUUUACAACUUAUGGAGAUUAAAAGAUAUUAAAUUUCUCAUUUACGGACUUUAUAUCACACAAUAUAUUUUCUUCUACAUAGAGACUUCUUUUAUGAGCUUAGAGGGAUAAAAUACAUUUUCAUCUAAUCUUUAAUCUGCUGAGCAAUUUAUAACUUUUGUCAUUUUUACUGAAUUUAUUUUUCAAUAUUUUUGUGAAAAAAUUAUUAUAUGCUUCAUUUACAUUUUCUCAGAGGUCAUGCUUUGCAUUUUUAAAUAAGGAUACUUUCGUCUAAUGACUCUUUUUUCUAUGACAUUAUUUUCCUCCCUUUAUCAUCUGAUUAUGCAUUACAUUAUCAUACAAUUUUAAAUAAGCAAUUUCAAUGAUAUUAGAAAUCUUGAAUUCAAGAGGCUUCUUUAUAAGCGUUUCCUUUACAAUCUGCUCCCAUCUCAUAUAAUGGGUCAACUGCUUUCUCAAUAGCAAGAUUAAUAAAGUGAACUAACUGAUAGUCUUUAAAAUACUACACUUUUAUUUGCUGAUAUAGCAGGUUUUACAAAAUACUGCUCAGGUAAAGAACCUGAGAAAGUUCUAUAAAUGCUCUAAAAAUUAUUUGUCUAGUUUGAUAAAGCUUGCAUUGAUAAUGAAGUAUAUAAGGUUUAUACUAUUGGUGAUUGCUAUGUUGUAAUGGGAACUCUGAAUGCAAAGCAGAGAAAACCACCUAUAGAGGCCAAGCAUGUUAUAGAAAUGGCAUUCUCGAUGAUCAAAUCUAUAGAUGAAAUGAAAAAAAGAGAAUUCUCAGAUAUUGAUAUGAGAAUUGGUAUUCAUACUGGUGAUAUCAUAGGAGGAGUCAUUGGUACAGAUAUAGUUAGAUAUGAUAUCUAUGGACCGAAUGUUUUGAUAGCAAAUAAAAUGGAAUCAAAUGGUGAGAGAGGAAGAGUAAUGAUCAGCGAAACUACAUAUAAACUAGUCAAAGGAAGCUUCCCCAAUUCUUUUAAUUUUGAAGAAAGAGAAGAAGAUGUAAUCAUAAAAUCUUUAAAUAACUUGUAAGUGAAGGCUUAUUUUGUAAGCCAAAAGUCAGAUGGUAAUAAUGAUUUCAUAUAGGCUGAUGAUUAAGGAUAAGAUUAACCAUAUAAUAUGUAUAAUCCAGAAGAUAGUGGAUAUACUGAAUAAGAUGAAAAUGAACAUGGGGAAGAAUACUACACUCAACAAGAUUAACAAUAUGAAGAUGAGAAUUAUGAUGAUGAAUAAUAUGAUUAGUAAUAAUAUGAAUAUGAAGGAUAGGAAGGGAGCAGCACAAAGAACCAUAAUACUUAAAAUAAUCAAAAUACAGAAAAUAAUUAGAUAUCUGAAAACAAUUAAAUUACUGAAAAUAAUUAAAACACCGAAAGCAACCAAAAGGAUAAUUAAAGUUGA